GAGUAUGGAUGGAGAGAUGCAGUCAACGCAACAGAAUAUAAUUCUAAAGCAGAAUCCAGGCUCAAAAUGUUGGGACCGCAGUUCAGGCUGAAGAAACCAGACAGAAGAUUCGAAGAUCUCAAGAUCUAUUCCACUGAAUUGCAAAGCAGCAUUGAAAACAUCUUGAAAAUCAGAGCUCGCAUGUGUGAGAAACUGUACGGUGUCCACAAGGUGCACGGAAACUAUGCUCGGGUGUUUAACCAGUGGGGUGAGACAGAGAAGGACAGUGCUGAACACUUACAGAAUGCCAGCCAUUACAUGGAUGUUUAUUCAUCAUGUAUCGAUACACAUUUGGAAGAGACCGAACACUUUGCAGACGAUCUGAAGGAGUACAACGCUUUUGCGGAAUCUCUCAGGUCGGUGUGUAGGCGUUGCGAGUGCGCCCAAUACGAUGUGGAAAGAGCAGAAGAAAGUUUGGCCAGCAAACAUUUUCUAAAACAAUCGAUGGAGAGUGGCACGACAACAAGUGGCUUCUCUUUGAGCGGAAUGAAGUCUAAAUUGUUUGGGAGCGACACACCAGAACUGAAGGAAGCCAAGCUGAAACAGUUGGGGGAACAGAUUCUGCAAGUAGAGACAGAGCUGAGCCAACUUCAGAAACAAUGCAUACUGUUCUCGGAAGAAGCUCUCAAAGACGUCGAGAGGUUUCAGGCGCAGAAAGUCCGGGAUCUAAACCACGUCCUCCUGAACCUUGCUCGGUUACAGGUCAGCCAUUGUAGGCAGGCAAUUGCCACCUGGACUGGGAUCAGAGACAGUUUUAAUAAAAUGUGA